AUGGCGCUCACAUUUACAACUGACAUUGAGCUUUAUCUGCAUUCCUUUAGAAGUUUGGGCUUGCCAGGGGCUGGGAAUUAUCAGCUGGUUUUGUCUUGCUAUUAUAUAAAAAGAGGAACCAAAAUCUUUGCAGAGCCAAUUUAUUAUGGGACCUAUAAUACCAAGCAGGCUUCUAAAAAAAAGAAACCUGAAUAUUUAUUAGGAAAAAUAAUUCCAGAGGAAAACAAAAUUAGGCUGAAUUCGGUUAAAGUGGGCUAUGAAAAUAUGACUUAUUUUUUGAGAGAUGUAUGCAAAUUUCAAUUAAAUGUGAAAGCAAAAAACACUUUACUAGUUAAAGAAAUUUAUUUAAUGUGCGAUUUGGUAGCUUAUAGCAGUUUUUCUGAUGGAGAAAUUAUAAAAUCAAGCGAAUUUAAGAUCAGCAUAGAAAAUUAUGCGGCAAUUGAAUAUAUUCCAAUAAUUUUUGAAAAUUUUUGAGUGUGCUUUAUGGAAGGGGUUUUAUCAGUGUCUCCAAUUGGGUAUAAAAUUAAUUCUUGAGAAAAAAAUGAUUUGAUAAAGGCUAUUUUUUGAGAGAAAAAAAAUCAAAAUAUUAGUCAUGAAGAUAUUUUGCAUAAAAAAAAGCAGCUUUUUGAUAUUCUAUUUUCAACAAUAAAAGAAAUUAAUGAAAUUUUUGUUCUGGUAUCAAAGUCUAGCAUAGAGUCCAAGGAAAAUAUACAGGAAUCUGAUGCUCAAGACUAUGAAAUCAUUUUACAAGAAAUUUUAGAAUGCUUGAAUGAUAUGAGCAGCGCUUGUAAUGAAGGGUUCAGACAAUUUCAGGCCACUCUAUUACAAUCGCCAGGAAAUAUAAUUAAUAUCCUCAAAUCAAAAUACCUAUUAAACUUUCAAGAAUUCAUUACUAGCCGGACAAUCAAAAAAUUUGAAUUAAAUUUUGACUUCGAUAUCCCAGAAGAGGCUGUAAGACUUGCAAAAGACAUAGAAAAUUUACGUAAAAACAGCAUUGAGUUCAGAAACCGAAUAAUUGAUCAAAGCUGCUGAAAGCUAAACGUGAUUAUUAUUGAGCAUUCACUUAUAAUUACCCCAACACACUAUUUAAAACAAGAACAUUUACACGUGCUAAUCUUUGUCCAUGGCUUAGGAGCUUCCUCAGCUGAUAUGGCUAAGCUGUCAAAUAUGGUCACUAUGGCUUACCCAUAUAUAGAAAUCAAGCAUUUCGACUUAGGAGCUGAUAAAACUUUUGACGAUAUUGGACAAAUUGGGGCCAAGCUUGCAUCAGAAUUAAUUGAUUUUUUUGAAAAUUCUUAUUUUACUGACGAAAUAAAAAUUUCUUUUGUAGGGCAUAGUCUUGGAGGAAUUUUUAUUAGGGCAGCGCUUCCUUAUUUAGGAUCUUAUCAGGCUAAGUUCCAUUCUUAUAUUUCUUUGUCAGCCCCACAUUUAGGCGUCGCCGAACAUCAGUCUUUAAUUAGCACAGGUUUUAAACUUAUUAGGGCUUGAAAUAAAUCAAAAUCUUUAGAGCAGUUGUCAUUAAAAGACUCAAAAUCUAUUGAAAACACAUACUUUUACCAGCUAUCACAAGCUGAAGGGCUAGGAUGAUUUAAUUUUGUAGUUUUAAUAAGUUCCAGACAAGACCUGUAUUGCCCUUUUCAUUCUGCAAGAAUAGAAAUUCCUUUAAAUGGCCAAAAAAAGUAUGGAGAAAUGGUGCGAAAUAUAGUAGGGAGAAUCGACGAUAUUAGAAAAAUUAUUAAAAUUGAAAUCGACUUUGUAAAAGAAGCUAGCUUUAAUGAGUUCAUAGGAAGAAGAGCCCAUAUAAAAUUCAUUGAAGAUGAAGAUUUUAUAUACUCUUUAAUUUAUAACUAUCAUUAUUUAUUUGAAUAA